GGCAAGCAGAAGGCCAAAGAACGGCAGAAAACGCCUUCCAAGAAAGAUGGUGUGAGCCUCAAAAUGAUUGAAGACCUGAAGGCCACGAUUGACAACAUCGCUCAGGAGGUUGCUCUACUGAAGGAAAAGCAAGCGCUGCAGACAGUUUGCCUGAAAGGCACCAAAAUUCACCUAAAGUGCUUUCUCGCGUUUUCGGAGACCAAGACGUACCACGAGGCCAGCGAAAACUGCAUCUCGCAGGGCGGCACGCUCAGCACCCCCCAGAACGGGGAGGAGAAUGACGCUCUCUACGACUACAUGCGCAAGAGCAUCGGCUCCGAGGCGGAGAUCUGGCUGGGCCUCAACGACAUGGCGGCGGAGGGCAAGUGGGUUGACAUGACGGGCGGCCCCAUCCGCUACAAGAACUGGGAGACUGAAAUCACCACCCAGCCCGAUGGUGGCAAGCUGGAAAACUGCGCAGCCUUGUCGGGGGCCGCCAUCGGGAAGUGGUUCGACAAGCGGUGCAGGGACCAGCUGCCCUACGUCUGCCAGUUCAUGAUCGUGUAG